UAAGCCCUGCUCGGCGCCAGAGAGCACCAUCGUCGCCACUCUCUCCUGUCGGAGUUUCAUGGCCAUGGAUUUCCAGGUCGUCGUCCUCGCCGGCGGUGCCUCUAAGAACCUUGCUCCUCUCGUCUCCGAGGAUAUCCCUAAGGCGUUGCUCCCCGUCGCCAACCGACCCGUGCUUUCCUACGUCCUCGAGCUCCUUGAGUCCAGUAACCUCAAAGACCUCAUUGUGGUGGUCGAGGGUUCAGAUGCUGCUCUUCGCGUUGGCGGAUGGAUUUCCGGUGCCUACGUUGAUCGUCUCCACGUCGAGGUUGCUGCAGUGCCUGAGGAUAUUGGAACUGCUGGCGCAUUGCGGGCGGUGGCGCACCAUCUCACUGCAAGUGACAUUCUGGUUGUUAGUGGUGACCUUGUUACUGAUGUGCCUCUGGGGGUGGUGGCUGCGACUCACAGAAGACAUGGUGCAGUUGUGACUGCAUUGCUGUGUGAUACUCCUAUUAGUGGAAUUUCUGAAACUGGAUCGAAGGACAAAGCAAAAAAGCUAGGGCGGUACAAUAUUGUGGGUUUGGAUCCCACCAGGCAAUUCUUGCUACUGAUUGCAUCAGGGGCUGAAGUUGAAAAAGAUACCCGUGUCCAAAAGAGUAUACUUGGAGCUGUUGGCCAGAUGGAGAUUCGUGCUGAUCUAAUGGAUGCUCAUAUGUAUGCACUAAAGAGGAGAGUUCUGCAGGAAGUUUUGGAUCAGAAGGAUUCAUUUCAUAGCAUUAGGCAGGAUGUCUUCCCUUAUCUUGUCAGGAGUCAGCUGAGGUCAGAAGUGGCAAAAUUUGAAGAAGGUUGGAAUAACACAAUUACUUCUAAAACUAACCUAAUUUGGCUCUCUCAACACCGUGAAAUUGCCCCAUCUGCUUUUCACAAUGGUCAUGAAUUGGAUGCUAAUGGUUCACUGUCUGCUCAAAGUACUCAUAAAUGCUGUGCCUAUAUUGCUGGCAAAAACAAAUAUUGUGCUCGUCUAAACUCUAUUCAAGCCUUCAUUGACAUCAAUCGCGAUGUGGUUGGGGAGGCCAGUCACCUUUCUGGUUAUUCUUUCUCUGCACAAAACAAUGUUGUGCAUCCAUCAGCAGAACUCGGGUCAAAAACAACUGUUGGGCCACAAUGCAUGCUUGCAGAAGGUUCAAAAUUAGGUGACAAAUGUAGUGUCAAACGGUCUGUCAUAGGUCGCCACUGCAGAAUUGGUUCAAAUGUAAAGAUUGUAAAUACUGUUGUGAUGAAUCAUGUCACAAUUGAAGAUGGUUGUUUGGUUCAAGGUUCCAUCAUUUGCAGUAAUGUCCACCUUCAAGAGCGUUGUGUGCUAAAGGACUGUCAGGUUGGAGCAGGCUAUGUUGUCACAUCUGGUGGUGAGCACAAGUCGGAAUCUCUUGCAAAAAGAUAAAAAUAAAAAACCAAAGACAAAGUUACAUCAUUGCAAGUUAGGGCGCUUGAAAUAUUUAUUUUCCUCUAAUAUAAAGUAGAAUUUAAGCUCAAUGCAUGUAUUAUGAUCGUCGAUUUGGUAUUAGUUGUGCCUAUUUAAUAACAGAACCCUUGUUCUGUAUUCAUUUGAUAAGAGCCAGAGAUUUUGUUCCUCCAAUCAUAUCCACCUGUGUCAUGUUUCCACUUGUAAUUUCUUCCCCUGAAGGAUGCUUUUAUUGCUCUUGGUAGAGUAAUAAUCAGUCUUAAUCAUUUUACUAAAUUAAAAAUUUGUGACCUUUUUUCCUUACA